CUGACAACGUCCGAAAAAUUGACUUCCACCAUCCACAUGGAACAGCGUGCAAUAAUUAAAUUCUGUGUUGACCUUGGGAAAACUUCGACAAAAACAAAGCAAUAUAGGAAGGGAUACAUGAAAUAUUCCCAGGUUGUUGAUUUACAAGUGACAUAAACAGUUUACCGAUGGUGUGUUCAAUUUUGGGGAUAUACUUUAAGAAGUGGAAAACGACUCUUAAGUAAUGAAAAUAGGAAAUUCUGUAUUCAUGACGGUAUUAUGAAAGACAGACGCCUUAAGAUGACGUUAUUGAUUCAGCGGUUGAUCUGUUCGAAAGGAAGCCAAAGUGCACAAGAUUUCGUCUUACUAGAAGUCGAAAGGUGUUUCAACAGCCUACCGUCAAGUUAACGACCGGUCAACGCUAUAUACAGAUAUAUCCAGUCCUGCACAGAUUUAUCAUUUAUUGCGGAUUUCAGAUUUUUGUGUAUUUAGUGUGCGGAAAAACAAUCGAAGGACACUUUGUAUCUUUUGUAUUAGACAGAAUAUGCAAUUUAGAUGAGGAAUUUCAAAUCUCCAACGUUUUGAAGAAUCAGGGAAACAGUCCAUGUAAUUAUUAAAGUGAAUUUGAAUGGCAUCGGUCAUUCCGUGAAACAUACUUCUUUUGUAUGUGUUAAGCAUGUUUUGGAUUGUGGAAUAUACUUAUCAUGUCUUACAGUUUACAUAAGUGAAUUUCAUUGGUGCAUACAAGUUGUAUAGAAGUUCAAAAGAGAGAGAGAAAAAUAUGAUAAAAUCGGCUGUGAAAUAGGUAUAGACAACGAGAAAACUUGUUGAAAAAAGUGAAGUUUAACAAUACUGUGAAGUAAAGAUGGAACUGACCACAGCAACAGAUCAGCACGUGCUUGACCACACCGAACAGGUGGCCACAGGUAUCUCAUGGGGAGAUUAUCUGCAGCUAGAAUGUCAACUUCACUCAAGUGUCAAUGUAACGAGAGCAAAAAAUGAUACUUACUGUGAACCCCACCAUGACUUGGUUCAUUGCUGGUACGCUGCGAAAGCUAACACAACAGUGACGGCCUCCUGUCCCCCAGAGAUUGGUGCACCCGAGCAUGUAGUGGCGGUUCGUGUUUGUGGCGCAAAUGGAAAUUGGGAAAAUAUUACAGAUUACCAACAGUGUAUAGACUUCCUCGACAAAAUCCAACCGACCCACGAAACUGAUCUUACCCCACUCACAACGGAGCAUUCUAAAGCUGUGCUUGUGAUGAGGGACAUCUACUUCGGAUGUAGCCUGAUAUCGCUGUUUUGUCUGUGCAUCACCCUGUUUGUUUUCUGCUAUUUCAGAUCCUUACAGUGCAGCCGAGUGACAAUCCACAAACAUCUAGUCGUUUCUUUCAUUCUUAGAUUCAUUAUCAUUGUUUUCCUGUUUGAGCCCCUGGUGUUUGGACAUGAUGUGUACUACAUGAGAGUGGACUGGUUCUGUAAGCUUAUCAUCGUUCUGAGUCAGUAUAUAAUGGUUAGCAACAACUUUUGGAUGUUUGUGGAGGGACUUUUCCUCCAUAACAGCAUUGUUGUCACCGUCUUUUCCACUGAUGCGCCAUUCAAUAUAUUUUGUGCCAUAGGAUGGGGUCUACCAGGAAUCAUUGCUGUGUCCUGGGCGGUCGCCAUGAAUUUUACAGUGUUUACCCCCUGCUGGCAAAACAACUCCCGUUCUUCAUACUCCUAUAUUGUAUCGGGAUCUAUACUGCUGGCUUUAAUUGUAAACGUAUUCUUCCUAAUUAACAUAAUUAGAGUGCUAGUAACAAAAUUGAGGGCGAACAAUACUCAUGAAUCAUCAAGAAUUAAAAAAGCCAUCAGAGCAACGGUAAUUCUGAUGCCACUUCUGGGAUUAACCAACCUCAUUAUGGCGUUUAAUCCCAAAGACGGAGGUUCCUAUGUGUCGGUCUAUCAAGUCACGAAUGUGGUUCUGCAUUCUAACCAGGGAAUCUUAAUUUCUAUAUUUUACUGUUUUUUGAACGGCGAGGUGCGCAAAGUUAUUCGACAGAAAUAUAGGAGAAUGAAGAUACAGCGCAUUCUGAAGAAUAGCAGUCGGAGGUACUCGCGGACGUCGUCUUGUAUCUUAUCUCAAACAGAGCUUGAUAUGUCCUUGAGUUCAUUGACCCGAGGAUAUCAGUCAUCUUCAUCCGAUAGUAACAUUUGUUUGGAAAAUCUGAAUAAUAAUUCCUAUCAGAAGCUUACCCUGAUCACGGAAGUGCGAGACAAACCGAAAUCAGAUUCCAACAUUAACAUAAAUGGUGACGUCACAAAACACACUGCUUCCGCAUCCGAUCCAUCAAAUCUGAAAUCGUCUUACUCCGUAAAAUUUAGAUUAAGCUCCAGUGAGAAUGACAUAGAACAAUGCAAAUCGCCACAUUGUCAAACCACUGGUGAUGACUUGUUCGAUCUACCCUCUGCAGUUGUAAGUUGCCCUGAUAUUGAAAAUGGCGUAAUCGAUAUCGGUGUCCCAAACAACGGAGAGGUUGUUCCCAGAGAAAUGAAAAACUCUGAUAGUGAUACUAAGGAAACGCUUUGUAAUUCUGACAGAGUUAAUUCUGGACGUGGCAAGAAGUACGUGACAAGACCCAAUUGUUCUCGGGUAAUUGGGAAAGCAAGGUCGAUUUCAGAACUUGAUGAGACUAAUGCUGGCAUAUUAAGAAGCAACAGGUGGUCCGUGCUCAGCAAUAGUGAUUUUAAGUUAAACAUAGUCAGUGGUUUUUCCGAUGAAGUUACAGAAGAAUUUCUUAAACUACUCAAAGAAAAAGAUUCUUGAUACCAAACACAAUGUUAAAUUUUGUUUAUUAUUUAUUUGAUUUCCUUUUAUUGUGAUACCAAAUUCAUUUGUUUGUAUUUUGUUAUCAGUAUGCAUUAUAUGCUAUUUCAUUUUGUUACAUGUUUGUUUCGUUGUAUUGAUCCUUUAUUAUUACAUACGAGAAUUUCUGAGUAAAAACACGAAUCCAAA